GUCAUUUUUAAGGUUCCUUCUUUUCCUCGUAUUUUCUUCGCUCAACACUUCAAAACUGAUCGUCAUCAACCAGCAAGCACACUCUCAUUCUGGAUCGUAUGUCGGCCGAUAGCAUCACUUCCCACCAAACCGCCGAUCGUGAGGAAACCGGCGUCAAAAAUGCAACGACAACCGAAGAAGAGCUCAUGGCCUCGAUGGGCUAUAAACAGGUUACUAUCGAACCAGGGUCACCCUGUACACAUGGUUAGGACGACCACGCAGCAUGCAACCACAACAGGCUAAGACGUAUUGUGCGAAUUAUUUAGGAAAUGAACAAAUCCAUGUCGACGAUAUCCAAUUUCGCCGUCGCCUUUGGCUGCUGUUCAAUUUCUGGUUUAACUCCUGUAAGCAGCUUAUCAACAAUAAUAGCAAACGAUGCAAUGCAUUUCAGUCGCUGCUCGUUACCUAACAACUCAAUAUGCCAAUCGAAAACAAACGUUAGCUCUGGGGUGAUGCCAUGAUGUCCGGCGGCUCGAUUGCUAUCAUCGAAGGUUUCCUGUUGGUCGCUGUCUUUACGUUUUGCGUCGCUCUCUCUCUUGCCGAGAUCUGCAGUGCUUUCCCCAUCAGCGGCGGUUUAUUUAUUUGGGUUUCGCGUCUAGCACCUCCAGAAUGGGUCCCCAUAGCUUGCUACAUUACGGGUUGGUGUAAUUGGAUCGGCCUGACAGUUGCUAUCACUUCGACGGAUCUCGGUCUCGCCCAAUUCUUGUCGUCAGUUAUCAGCAUAUCAAACCCUGACUACAAUGCAGAUAUAUACUGGCAAUAUGGCAUUUUCCUUGUUAUUGUGUUUAUCCACGGCAUAAUCAACUCGGUCAGUAUUAAAUAUAACGGCGUAUUCAACCAAGUAUCGCUCUAUUGGCAUCUCAUCGGCACGCUUAUGAUUGUUAUCGUAGGCCUAGUGCUGACGCCCAACAAACCUAGUGGAAAAUGGGUGUUUACCUACUUUGAAAAUGAUACCGGCUUUUCAUCCAACGGAUACGCCUUUCUCAUCGGCUUGCUGCAAAGUCAAUAUACCCUUUCCGGAUUCGACAGUGCCGCGCAAAUGUCUGAGGAAACCAAGGAUGCAGCACGCAGUGCACCAUUUGGUAUCCUUUAUGCAGUUGGCACUACAGGCAUAUUCGGUUUCAUGUUUUUACUUGGCGUAACCUUCUGCGUCCAAGAUUUCCAGGCACAGAUUGUUGAAACUACCAUCAGCCCACAAAUGACCCAAGUUUUCCUCGAUGGUGUCGGCUAUAACUGGACCAUCGUGUUUACUGUUAUUAUAAUGGGUGCCAUGUUCUUUUGUGGCAGUGCUCUUACACUUGGCAGCUCACGUCUUGUCUACGCCUUUUCGCGCGAUCGAGCCAUGCCAUUCAGCUCGUAUCUAAGCCGAAUUAACAGCAAAACAAAAACUCCUGUUUAUGCUGUGUGGGCAAACGUCAUCUUUGCUGCUGUUAUCGGUAUCCUGUAUAUUUUGAACACAACCGCUUUUAACGCCAUUGUCUCGGUCAACACUAUUGCUUCGUCUCUGGCCUAUCUUGUUCCUAUCUCACUUCGCCUGACGGUUGCUCGUAAAACAUUUACUCGUGGUCCCUUUCAUCUCGGUCCAUUUUCCCCUGUCAUCAAUACGGUUAGCUGUUGCUGGAUUGUCUUUACAAGUGCCCUCUUUUUGUGUCCCACCGAAAACCCUGUCACUGCUGAAAAUAUGAAUUAUGCAUGUGUCCCACUGGUGGCUGUUCUCGGCGGAGCAAUCAUUUUCUUCCAACUGCGUGCUAAAAAAUACUUUACCGGCCCUGGCAAAAGCAUGGAACCUGAUCCUUACCUCGACGAAAAUGUUUCAUUUAAUUCCACAGUUUCUACGCCAUCAGACGAUAGAGACAAUAAGAGAGUAUUGGUGGUUGAUAAUGUGAACAUAAAUACCGAUAAUCAUUCUGAACAACGAUGACGCCGGCUGGAUACCACGGUUCGACAACCUUAUUUCUUCCCUUCCCCUCUCCUCUUUCCGUUUCUUCCUUCCAUCUCCCUUUCUUCUCUUUGU